UCUGGACCAACCAAAGCCCACGCACCGCUGCAUCCCGUGCCCAGCGCCUGUGUCCCGCCGCUGUCACUGCCACCAUCAUGCCCAAGAGAAAGGCUGAAGGGGAUGCUAAAGGAGAUAAAGCCAAGGUGAAGGAUGAACCACAGAGAAGAUCUGCGAGGUUGUCUGCUAAACCUGCUCCUCCAAAGCCAGAGCCCAAGCCUAAAAAGGCCCCUGCAAAGAAGGAAGAGAAGGUACCCAAAGGGAGAAAGGGAAAAGCUGAUGCUGGCAAGGAGGGGACUAAUCCUGCAGAAAAUGGAGAUGCCAAAACAGACCAGGCACAGAAAGCUGAAGGUGCUGGAGAUGCCAAGUGAAGUGUAUGCAUUUUGGAUAACUGUGUACUUCUGGUGACUGUACAGUUUGAAAUACUAUUUUUUAUCAAGUUUUAUAAAAA